AUGGUGGAAGACAAAAUGGCGAAGGCGAAUACGGGUUCCGAAGUGAUAAUCUUCGAUGAAAAAGCUAUGGUAGCCCAUGCAGCGAGGGAGAUGCCUAACAUUGCUAGCGUCCAUGUUUCCAAAUCUAGUAAGGUCCACAUAGGGCCAAAAAUUGUAGCCGUCAGCCAAACAGUGGAGAAUAAGGAAAUGAUAAAAGAUCUACCUUUGCCGAAAUACAUUUGGACUCUAUUGAAGAAUACUAAUAAGACUGAACGUCUGUCUUGCCUCGCCGCCAUGGUUGCGCUGGCUGUUUGCAUCACACUGAUAAUCUUCUAUACAGUUUAUGGGAAAAAUAAAGAGGAGCCCGUGCUCGAUACUGCUCCUCAUGAAUGGAAGAUAAGCAGAGAUAUGUGGUUGGCUCAAGAACACUUGGAGAACUCUUUGCCAGAUGAAUUCAAGCCCGUGAAACUAGUGGUCGUUCAGCAUACUGCCGGCAGCGAAUGUUACACCUUCGACACGUGUGCCACCGAACUCAGAAACUUACAGGGUUACUUCCUGACCAACUUGAGAUAUGACAUUCCUUACACUUUCUUAAUCGGAAACGACGGUCGUGUAUACGAAGGCCGAGGCUGGAACCAGGAAGGAGCUCAUACAUACGGUUACAACAGAUGCUCCGUAGGAAUCGGAUUCAUGGGGGACUACCGUGGAGAAAUGGCGGUGCACACCAAAGUGACGCCUAAACAAAUUCAAAAUAUGAUGCAGAUCCUACAAGAAGGUGUCAAUAAGGGUUACAUAGUACCGGAUUACUCCAUCGUAGCAGCUCUAGAUUUGCGACCCACUAAAAGCCCAGGAUCUAUCAUUUACAAAGCUUUACAACAGUUGGAUCAUUUCGACAAUGGCACACAAUUCGCCAAUAGAAAUUGUUCCCAAAUACAUGGUUAUAUUAAAUAA